GGACCUUGGGCCCAGAACAAUCAGGAGCAUUGGCGGGAGAGAAACAGUUUUCCAAGAAACAAUCGUUCCAGGGAUGACUAUAAACAAGGUAACUGGAAUAACAAUAAAACCAAUUACCAAAAUACCAAUGCACCCUACGUUCCACCUCAUAAUCGCCAACCUCCGCAAGAAGAUUCCUUGGCAAGGAUGGAGAAGAUGAUGAUGGAGUACAUGCAGAAGAUGAACAAUCUAGCAGAUGAUCUGAAGGAACGUGACAAGACACGUGAUAACCAACUCCAACAAGUGUUUAAACAACUUGGAGUUAGAGAACAGGGGAACCUCUCAGCUACCACCGAACCAAACCCAAGGGAGCAACUUCGGGCCAUAACUUUGAGAAGUGGUAAAGAGCUUCAAGGCCCAGAAAUGCCUCACAGACCAGCAUACCCGACUGCUACGCGUGCCGAUGUUCACCUGGUGGGUUCUGGACCCAUCCAGCGCUUUGAGAUGUGGGGCCGUCACCGCUCAUUGAUGGAGUCUGUGUACUUAUCCUCGGCAGUUCUCGCCGACUACGGAUAUGCUGAGGAGAUGGAGCAGCUGCUACAAGGGACUAGGUGGCAUCGCCUCUUCAUGAUGCGGGCCGAGUCUAGCCUGCCACUGACGAUCGAGUUCCUGCGCUCUCUAGAGUUGGAGCCAUCUACAGGGUCGAGAAUGAUGAACUUCCAGUCCAUCGACUCUCGAACCACCCUUACCUUCACUCUCAUGGGGCGGGGGUUCCACCUGACAAUCACUGAGCUGGCCUCUCACUUGGGUCUCUACUCUCGGGAUGAGACGUUGGAAUCAGAGUUUAAUACUGCACCAUACCUUCUCCCAGCAGACGUUGAUCCCGCGGACUUUUGGGCGGAACAUUCUUCCGAUCCUGAUCGCUUGGAGGACAUGGGUAGAGCCAGAUUUUGGAUUCAGCCGACUUGGCGAAUUCUAUCUUUUGUGCUUUCGACGUCCUUCUUUGGGAGGCCGUUGAACACGGAUCGAGUAUACCCCGAUGAUAUGAUUGUCUUCUGGAGCCUGCACACAUGCCGGGAGGCGAAUGUGGCUGUCUUUGUGGCCCGAUUCCUCUAUAGCCAGUCCAUGGGGAAUCGUACGCACAUUGUCUGUGGUUUCGUGGUCACCAUACUCUUCCGAUCACUCGAAGGGUCGCCUAUUCCACGGGCCCAGAUGAUGAUGCGAGAUUUGGAUGCCGGCAUGCUGAGGAAUGCCCACAUCCGUAGGAGGUUGGGAGCUGGCUCUACCGAGAGCAACGCCGCUUCCUCAUCUGCACCCUCGACCUCAGGAGCAUCUUCGCAGGUCUCGUCUAGGAGAGCCACUCGUCACCGUCCCACUCCUCAGGCCACUCCAGCUACGAUCCAGGCGGAUCCGACCCCUGAAUGGGCUAGGAGGAUCCUGGAGCAGCAGGAUACCAUCAUGCAGAGGAUGUCCGAAAUCGGACAGCAGCAGGCAUCCCAGGCCGAGAGCUUUGCUCAGCUUCGGAGGACCUUUACUGGCUUCUACUCAGAUGUGCACAUCGGGCUCACCCCUCGUUCUCUUGAGGGCGACGAUCCAUCCGCCUCAGUUCCUCCCCCUUCGUGAUCUUCAUAUUAUUUUCUUUUGAAAACUUUUAUUUCUUUUCGUUUAUGAGCAGGAAUUGAUGAUCAACUGGAUUUGUUGGAACUUCUUAUUUUCCGCCGGUAACAUUUACUUAUGCACUUGCUCUAUUUCUAUUUCAAUCAACUUCUUUUGAUUUA